CCCAUCUGCCUGGAUUACCUGAGAGACCCAGUGACCACUUCCUGUGGGCACAACUUCUGUCCCUCCUGCAUCCACCAGCGCUGGGAAGGUCUACAGGGCACCUUUCCCUGUCCUGUCUGCCUCCACCACUGCCCUGACAGCAGCUUGGAGAGGAACACCCAAUUAUGUCACAUGACUGAGAUUGUUCAGCAGAUCCCCACCUCAGGGAGCCAGAGGAAAAUGCAGGAAGAAAUGCCCCUGUGUGGGAAGCACAAUGAGGUUCUCACCCUGUUCUGUGAGAAAAGCCUGGAGCUGCUGUGUCCCCAGUGCAAGGGCUCCUUAGACCCCCCGGAUCAGCCCCUGAUCCCCAUUGAAGAAGCUGCAGCUAGUCAGAGGGGGAUGCUCAAAAGCUGCAUUGAGGUCCUCACUGAACACCUUAAAGAUGCUGUAAAGGUAUAUAAAUACCAAGGUACAAAUAUUUUGGCAGUGAAGAGAAAGAUGACUAAAUGGGGGAAUAAACUGGACUAUGAAUGUAAUGAUCUUAAGUAUUCCUUGGAAAUAGAGUACAAUGAAUUUGAUAAUGAUCUACUUGUAGAAGAGAAUAAUGUUGAAGAAAAACUAAUAGAAAAUGUAAGGCAAAUUUCAUAUCAUAGGUUCAGGCUAAGCAAUCGGUUAAGUGAAAUAGAAGAGAAGUGUUUGCAGACGGAUGAGGAUUUACUCACAGGUAUUGAAAGUAUCCACAACAGCUAUGAAAACAUAGAAUCCUCGGCCAUCUUUUCAUAUAAAUUAAAGAAAGAGAUUUUCACUCUCCCCCCACAUUAUUUGGGCCUGCAUAAAAUGAUCCGCACAUUUCAGGCAGAUUUGACACUGGAUCCGGAAACUGCCCAUCCAGACCUCCUUAUCUCAAUAAGUGGAAAACAGGCGACAUAUUGGAAACCAGAUCGCAUUCUUAAUCCCCAGGCACUUACUUCUAACCCAGCUGUCCGGAGUUCUGAGGGAUUUGAUGCUGGCAGGCAUUUUUGGAUGGUAACCAUAGGAGUCACAGGUGACUGUUCCUUAGGUGUGUGUAAAGAAUCUUUCCCCAUAAAUACUCUCAUAUCACCAUCGCCAAGCAAUGGCUGCUGGACUCAUACAUUUGGCCCUUUCUCUAUUCCAAAAGAGGUUGGUGUUUUUCUGGACUAUGAGUUGGGAGAGGUUUCAUUUUAUAAUUUGAAGACCUGCUCAUUGUUGUACUGA